AUGGCUUCUCUUCCGCUCAAUGCCGUCAAGGUGCAUUACAGCGGCAUCUUGGGCGUGUUCCCCAAUAUCAUGAUCAACGCCCACGGGGCGUCCGGCGACGGGAAGUCGGUUGCAUUGUGGUUCGACACUCAGGUGAUGCACUACUGGCGGAAGAAGAACCUCGAGCCUCGCCUGGAGGAGUGGAAGGACCGCAAGGAUGCGUACGAUGAGUGGAAGGCCAAUGGCAGAGAUCCCAGCGAAGCGGUCCCAGAGCCUGGUCCAGAGCCGGCGUGGGAAAAGCUUUACGAUUCUGGCUCCAUGGUUGGCCUUGGUGUGCAGAUGAAGGGCAAUGACGGGGUGGCAUUCCUCAUCGAGCAUGAGGGCGGCAAGUGGUUGAACAAACUUCUCGAAGGAGGCGUUGCUGGAAGCGUGGGCGACUUGAACCAGAUUGCGGAGCACGCGUUCUUCAAGAACGCCCCGAGUAACAAGGAGAGCCGUUUUCGAGUGGAGAAUCCCCACCUCGUUUGCUUCAUCCCGACCCACAUGGAUGAGAUCGUCCCCAUCCUGCAGCAAGCAAGGGGCAACCCCAAGGAUUCCGUGGCGGGAAUGCAGAGGUUCCUGUACUGUCACUUUCCCGCCGUCUGCAAGAAAGUUUUGCCAGAGGGUUCCGAAGAGGAGCUGGCAGAGUUGGUUCAGAAUUCGGAGGAUUAUUUCAAUGAGUUGUCAUUGGACGACGCCGUCAAGAGCGUGGUGCACCCGCUCUUGCUGAUGGAGGGCUUGCACAAGAUGAACGUGGAAAGGCAGGGCGAGAGGGGGAACAGGAACAUGUUCAGCAACAUGUCCGGGCAGCACGUCAUGGCAUGGGAACCCGGCGUCGAGAACUCGUUCGCAAAGAAGUUCAACGAGUCAGCGGAGAAGAUCGCUGCAGCUUUCCAGAGACUGGGGAGCCGCGUUGACGCAUCCAAGCUGUCCAAGGACAAGACUCGCCCGCUGCAGUUUCUCCCCGCGGCGGCGCUCCUUGAGAAAGCCAUCGAGUAUUUAGUGUUCCGGGGCGUGCAGGUGGACCCGUCCAAGUACUCGCCUGAGGAGCUUGUGGAGCAAAUCGCCAGGGUCGACAUCGACAACGUCCUUGGUUCGUUCGUCGUGACGGACAUCCCGUCCAGGAUUCCUGCCUAUGCGGUUGAGGCGGGGGAGGCCCUGGGCGCGUUCUUCGAGAAGCAGUGCGGGCUUCUAGCCUCCAUGCCAGACGUGAUCUCACGGUUCCGCGAGCGGCGCGACCAACUGGGCACUCUCCACCAGCCGCGGGCACACGUGCUCUUUGCUCUCCUUCGCGAGGUGUCCGCUGAAUUCCCGCUCAAAGUCUACGGGGCGCGCGGCCAGCUGGUCCACAAGCGAUUCUCCUGGGCGGAAUUCUGCGGUGACCCCGACACUUCCGAGGACGGGCGAUGA